GCUUCUUUCAACAGCAGCAACAGUAAGUCAGCCACCUCGGUAGCUUGCUAGACAAACUAGCCGAAACAAUAAAGCUCUUUACACGCUUUAGUGUUUAUUGGCCACUGUGUUUUAAACCCACUUCUGUCGUCUAGUUAGUUCUCCGAUUUAAUUUUAUAUUUCAGCUAGCGGCCUGGUUAAGUUAGCAAUAGCCCAGCUAGCUAACAUCCCCGACCAUGAGUUCACUAAGCUACUCUCGUUCUGCUAAAGAAGAGGCGGUCUGCUGGACGGAGAAAGAAUCUCUCGUUAAAGAGGAGAAGGAAGAGGAGGAUAGCACAGUAAAACAAGAAGUAGAGGGUGAGGCUGUUACAGUGAAAGAAGAAGAGAAAUACGCUUUCAGAUUGAAAGAAGAGGAGGAUGUUACAGUAAAAGAGGAAGAAAAGUAUUUCAGAGUGAAGGAGGAUGCAUUUUUUGGAGUGGAAGAGGGGGAGAGGGGGACUGUCACAUUGAAAAAGGAAGAAGAGGAGGAAACUGGAUAUCUGGGCCCGGUUUCCCAAGGGCAUCUUAAGGCAUCCAGUGGCUCUAACGAUGAACGUGCCCUGGUUAACACGAGAGAGAGAUGUGACUAUCGUGGAUCCUCUGGGGAGCCUCAACAACAACAUGAUGCUGAUGAGGCAGAAGAGAGUCUCUCCAAAUCAGAACACCUCAAGAAAAACCAGUGUAGACCCACAGGAAAGAAAUCUCACUGCUGCUCUGACUGUGGGAAAAGCUUUUCAACAUCACAUAUUUUGAAGCUGCACCAGAGAACACACACAGGAGAGAAAUCUCAUAGGUGUGAUCAAUGUGGGAAGAGUUUUACUACAUCUAGCAAUCUGGCUAUACACCAGAGAACACACACAGGAGAGAAAUCAUUUAGUUGUAAUCAAUGUGGGAAUAGUUACUUAAGGUUAAAAUCACUAAAAGUACAUAUGAGAAUUCACACUGGAGAGAAACCUUACAGCUGUGAUCAAUGUGGAAAGAGUUUUGUUCAAUCUAGUGAUCUGACAGUACACCAGAGAACACACACAGGAGAGAAACCUUUUAGCUGUGAUCAAUGUGGGAAGACUUUUAUUGCAUCUAGCAAUCUGACUAUACACCAGCGGACACACACAGGAGAGAAGCCUUAUAGCUGUAAUCAAUGUGGGAAGAGUUUUAUUACAUCUAGCCAGCUGACUUCACACCAGCGAGUACACACAGGAGAGAAACUUUACCACUGUUCAAAUUGUGGGAAAAGCUUCUCAACAUCACAGACUUUGAAGCUGCACCAGAAAACACACACAGGAGAGAAACCUUACAGCUGUGAUCAAUGUGGGAAGAGUUUUAUUACAUCUGGCAAUCUGACUAUACACGAGCGGACACACACAGGAGAGAAACCUUAUAGCUGUAAUCAAUGUGGGAAGAGUUUUAAUACAUCUAGUCAUCUGACUACACACCAGAGAGUACACACAGGAGACAAACCGUAUAGCUGUGAUGAAUGUGAGAAGAGUUAUACUGCAUCUAGCCAUCUGACCAGACACCAGCGAGUACACACAGGAGAGAAACCUUAUAGCUGUGAUCAAUGUGGGAAGAGUUUUACUGCAUCUAGUGAUCUGACGGUACACCAGAGAACACACACAGGAGAGAAACCUUAUAGCUGUGAUCAGUGUGAAAAGAGAUACUCUCGUAAAAGAUCUCUGAUCAAACAUCAGAAAAUACAUACAUGAAGGAGAUAUUUCAUGAUAUCAAUGAAAUAACAAUGUAGAAUGUUUUUAACAUUGUAGUAGGAGCAUUUUAAGGAAUUUCACACUGUAGAACCCUAAACGUUUGCCCCAUUCAAUUGAUUUCAGCAUGAUAUGUAUAUUAGCCUCGGGAAAAAUCCUGGCUCUGAAUUGAAAGAGUGAUUUAAUAAAAAGUGACUAACACUAAAAGAGCUGUGUUACACUUACCAUGUUGGUGACCCACUUGAAUCAAAAUGUAACACUUCAAAAUGUAGCUAGCUGCUUUCUGCAAAUUGUCCUCUAACCAGGGAUGUACACAUUAUUCCCAGAUUCCGUGUGGUUUUUGAGCUGUUAGUGCAACCUCAUCUCCCUCCUCUCGCACAAUGGAUUUCAACACGAUAUCGAUGAAUGAUGACAAAUAAGUGUUGUGUACCUUUGUUUAGAGACACCUAAAUGUAAAUGCAUCACUCCCAAAUGUAGCUGAUUGUCAUGUUUUAUUAUUCCAUGCCUCACCAUUAAGUGAAUUAUUGCCAAAUCAUAUUUACAAUUCAUGUAACAUUUAGUAAUCAGAAUUAUUUAUGCAACCAACUGACAAUUUUUGGGUAUAAUUAUACUGACAUUGUUGCCCUGCUUUUAGAAUAUCAGGGUUCAUUCUCAGAUGUGCUAACCCAAAUGAGAGAGUACUAGAGUAUGACAUUGGGGACAGGGCCCCGAUCCAACAACAUACCUAUCGAGUGAACCCUGAAAAGAGAGAGAAGAUCAGCAGUGAGGUGGAAAGCAGUGAGGUGGAAAGUUACUACGGACAUUGCAGGAGUUUCCUUUUGAAAUCAGAUAUGUCCGUAGUAAGGACAACUUGGUUGCUGAUUGUCUCAAGGGUGGGCAGUCAAAAAGAUUUGCGUUUAGCCAGUGCGUUACCAUGGAUCCCAAUUUAUUUUGACAUGUUUUUCCAUGUUGGAGAUUAUUUUUGUUUGGGCUCUUUUCAAGGGGACGAGUUUGAGAAUCAAAUAAUUACAGAAAUAUAUCUAUAUAUAUAAAUUUAGUUUGGUUUUUAUGUUUUGAAGACUUUAGCACCUAUAGCUCAUUAGCACGUAGGACGCAAUGAUUGGUGUCACCUCGUUAGUCAGUAUGUGUUACACCUGUGCUGGCUUGUCCAUCUCGUUAGUGGGAAGGUGUUUCACCUGAGCUGGUCCAGGUUUUAUUUAAGAGUGUCUGGACCAGUGCUACAGUGGUCUUGAUAGAUGUGGAGAGGCAGCACCUUUAGUUGCUCCACCUUUUCCUAUUAAAGAUGUUUUUAAUUUCAGGUUAAAGCUUCUUUUUGAAGAUAGCUUAUUUUUUUAAAUGAAUCAAUACAGAUCGUUUCCGGGGGUUGGUAUGGCAAAUACCUUACGAUUUGCCUGGACUGAAAAGGAGAUGGAGCCGUGGAGUAGAGAGACAUUUGGAAGGACCAUUUUGAUGGGAUGCCUCAGGAUAGAGGUGAAGGAAGUGCUCUGCCUUCAAGGGAACCCGAUUGAGAAGGCUUUCGAUGUGACGUUUCAAAAAGAAGAAAAACAUGAAGAAGUGAUGAAGAUGGCAAAGGAAGCGGAGAAAACGGGACCCCUGUGCCAUUAUGCGGUGACCAGCCUGGCGAAGAACAACUUCAGGGUGGUCACCGUAACCAUGUACAAUCCGCAUGUGAAGGAUGAAGAGGUGAGGGCCUUUCUGGGGAGAUAUAUGGACAAUGACUCCUCAGCGAGGUACCUCAGGGACUCCCUGGGUUUCUGGAACGGAAAGAGAGGUUUCCAGGCGUUACUCAGGGAGUCCCCGAAGAGUGUGGAUGGCUACCUCCAUCCUCCGGCGAUGUUCUCCCUGGGGGCUGACAGGGGAACACUCUACUAUGCACAUCAGCCCCCGUUCUGCAGGCGUUGUAUGGCCUACGGUCAUACCCUGACCUCGUGCAGUAACAAGAAAUGUCGUGGGUCGGAAGAGCACGAGGCCAGGGAGUGUGACGAGCCCAAGGCUUGCCACGGGUGUGGCUCCAGAGAACACCUGUGGCGUGAUUGCCCGGCUCGUCACAGGUCAUACGCGUCUGCAGC